AUGUCGAUACCGUCAUCAAAUGCGAUGAUAAUUCAACCACCAGGACCAAAUACAAUUGCAUGGACGUUCGUGGCCGGAUUCAUUUGGCUGAUAUGUGAAAUUGAGGAAAUUGAAGAAAUUGAGCAAAGACCGAAGAAAAGUUACGAUCCAUUUCAUAAUCAUCAUUUACAGAGACAAGCUGCUUUAUCAAUUUUCGGAUUUUUACUUUGGUUCUCGAUAUCUUUAAUUCCCCUUCUCUAUUCUUACAUUUAUUAUUAUUACCACGCUCAUUAUUAUUCUUCUCUUGCAACGAGAAAAUCAACAUCUAAUGCCAUCACCAUCCAUAAUCAGAUUAAACCUCUUCCAUCAUCAUCGCGCCCAAUUAUUUUUAUUAUCCUUUUAUCAAUGAUCAUAGUAAUCACAAUAAUUCCCGCUACUCUCUUAAGUCUAACAACGGAAAAUCUCGAUGAUCAUACCAAACAUCGAAAAUUAUACGACAGGCUAGAGAUCAUAAAUCUAUCAAUAUUCUACUAUUUCACUAUUUACAUCUUCCUACUCGUGAAAUUAUGGAACGUACGUAACAAGAUCGCCGACUACAAGCUCUGGUUUUUUCAAGGAUUUGUUGGAUUACUGAUAACGGUGGCACAUUUAUCCGUUUAUGUGAUCGUCAAUAAUUAUCAAUCGUCUAUCACCACGUCGACGCCGACAUCAGAAAUGAUUGUGGAAUCAAUAAUCGAAAAAAGGUGGAUGCUGAUUUAUGGUCUUCUUUUGUUGAUCCCUAUUUGGACCGUAUUUGCUAUAUCGCUAGUUUAUUUUUCAAGCUGUGCUGGUGGUUGCGGUAGAAUCUAUUGUUGCACUGCUGGCAGUCAACAGGAUCUUUUAUCGUCAGGUGAAGAAGACGAAAUACGAGAUGAUUUAGAGACGUCUACAAAAAUAAUAACAUCUUCGUCAUCAUUACUACCAAAAACCUCCAAGUCACAAGGACAGGAUCACAUUAAAGUUACUAAAGUAGUACCCCUUUCUUAUGGUUCUUUUGGCUAUCCUUCUAUUAUAGAUGAAAACAAUAAAGACAUUAAUGAUAAUAGUAAUAGUAAAAGCAAUCAUGAAACAACACGAGCAUUACCUGUUGCAACAACAUCAAAACCUCCCCCUUCAUCUUUUUCAAAACUCUCUUCAUCUUUACCUUUCAUCACAAUUAUGACAACGACGAAGAACAAUCCAAACCUAUCUAAUAAAGAGGAGGAAGAUAAGAGUGAUGAUGAAAGUGAUGGUAAUAGAAAGGGAGGACAAAACAAUAUUGAUAAAUAA